AUGUCCCUGGGCUUUCCUUACUACCGGCCCACCACCCCUCCUGUCCAGUACCAGGAGUUGGCUGGGCAGACACAUAAUCACACCGCGUCAGAUUCGUCUAUAUACUCCAAUGAUUCGUCUCCAUGGUCUGCUGUCACUUCGACUACGAGCCCAACAAUCGAUUCUCCUCCCCGGUACCAACAUGGCCCUGCUCUUCUACCUAGGAUCAGAUCACAAGACGUCGUUAUUGAGCCUCCACCAACCGCAGGACCGCAGCGUCACCGGCGAUUCCUUUCCAACACUCGAAACCCACCAGGCUUCAUUCCUUACCCAACUCGGCGUCCGUCAGUCCAGCGCAAUGUGGUUGAGGUAUCAGAUAGACUUGCAGCUGUCUCAUCCGCUCAUACCUCGCCUGUCUACGCUUCUUACAAUGAAUCAGCACUUUCAUCCCCCGUGAGCAUUACGGCCUCUCACAGACGCGAGGAUUCUGGCAAGCACUCUCGCUCGAGCUCUGCGUCGAGUAUGGAAGAAGCCAAAUAUGCCUACCUGAAUUAUCGGCAGUGUCCGAAAUAUACAGCUCAACCCCAGGCUUCCCCUACUGCACUCAUCACACCGGCCACACCAAGUAUCAUGGUGUAUCCCCCGUUCUCACGGGACUCGCCAGCCGAACCCGCAACGAAGAGCCAAGGAACGCCAGCACAGCUUGCGCUCCCUGCUUCCCCGUACCACUACGCUCAAGCUCCCAGUGCCCAAUGCUCACCCGUUGGCGUCGCGCAUCCGGUCCCCACCGUUUGUGCGCAGUCAACCACUCUUCUUUCGUAUUUAACAAGCCCAACGCAAGCGAUCAACCUAGUCCGCAAUGGACUCACCAAACUCUUGAAAACGGCGAUUCCUACGAGUCUGGCUCCUCCAGCUGUAGUCCAGAGCAGUCGCCUAUCCCCAGACUCCGAGAUUGCGCUUGUUAAUCUCGUUCAAGAUAUCUAUGCCCCGCGAGUCAAUGCUGCCCUCGCGGUGUCACAAGGACCGGACCAUUUAUCUUUAUACCCAGCCCCCACCCCUCGAAUUCCGGCCAACAAGAACUACGGUGGCCCGCACUUUCUGGCUAACUAUGCCUCCGACACCGAACAAACUACCUCGGGCCUCCCUCGCGGCCGCCUCGUCGGGAUAGCGAAGAGCUUCGACCGGUGGAACACAGGUAUGCGCAAUGAGGCACCCCACCGGCGCGUUGAGUACCUUAACGGCCUCGCCCACCUCCAGCGUUGCAUGCGCGAGCACUCCUGCCGCUAUGGCUUCAUCAUCACCGAGAUUGAGCUCGUCUGCGUCCGUGCCGGCUGCGACCCCGGCGACGACGUCCCAUACUUUGGAUUUCUGGAAGUCUCCGCGCCCAUCCCCACGAAUGUCGCCGCUCGUCCGGCCAAUGCCAAUGACGACGCCGUCGAGCACAAUUCAACGGCAUAUGCCUCACCUAACUCGCCCACUCCCUCCGUCGACAGCUCUCUGGCCAGUCAAUCACCGCCUUACAACCACAACCCCCAUGAGGGAUACUCCGUUGAAGCGACAGAAGCCCUCAAUGGCCCCAUGACCGCGAGCUUAGCGCUCUACUUCCUCCUUAUGCUCUCGAAAUCCGUCCCGCUUCCCUCUCAGCCCUCCUCCCAUCUUAAUGUUGGCGGUCCCGGGGCGCUGACCCGUCAGAGAACCCUACCUGAGGGGAAGGAUAAGUGGAUUCCGGAGCCGCAGAUUGGUGAAAAACGUGAUGCAAAGCGCGUACGGGGCUGGAUCUGGCCCCAUGAUGCAUGGCAUCGGAGGGAGGGGGGUGGCGUGCCAAGGUCUAAGGCAGCAGCGGCGGCACCAGCGAAGGCGAAGAAGUGGCAUAAAUAG